UGCGGGAUCAUAUAGGAACGAAUCAUGGUGACCCAGGGUCGGAUUCGUGUGGUUCGUUCAGGAGGAAGCAAACUUAACUACAGACGGCCUGUGUUUUCUGCCGAUGGCAAGUACCUCAUGUGUGUUUCUGGAGACUUUAUUAAAGUUUAUAGUACAGCAACUGAAGAAUGCAUACACACUUUGCAGGGUCAUGAUAAUCUGGUCACAGGCAUCGAACUUAACCCUAAGAACCACCUCCAGCUUUAUUCUUGUUCAUUGGAUGGCACUAUUAAACUAUGGGAUUUCAUUGAUGGCAUUUUAAUAAAGACUUUUUUAAUAGGAUGCAAAUGUCUUACACUGUAUACCUCUGAUACAGAUGAAUUACUUUUUGCUGUGACUCUUAAAAAAAAUAAUGGCUCCACAGCCUCCCCACAGCUGGUUUCUGUGAAACUUCCCAAGUCAACAAGCCAAGAAUGCGAGGCUAAGGACAUUUCAGUGAUAUUUGAAGAUGUCAGCCAUUUGCCCAAAUGCACAGCAAUAGGAAGACAAUGUUUAUAUGUCGCCUCAGUUAAAGGACUACAUCUUUCUAUCUACUACUUCAAAACAAAAAAGUGUUUUCGUUUGCCUUUAAAGGCUACAUCAAAGAAGGGAGCUAAUAAUAUUUUUACUGUUGUGGCUUGCCAUCCAAAAGAGGACUGUAUAGCAACUGGUCACAUGGACGGCAGAAUUCGACUUUGGAGAAAUUUCAACCAUAAACAAGGAUAUGUCUAUUCUUCUCUGCACUGGCAUCAUGAUUCUGUUAUGGAUUUGACUUUUUCUGCUCAAGGGACUAAACUUUUAAGUGGCGGUGUCGAAUCAGUGCUCGUGCAGUGGCCUUAUGGCUCAGAAGAGAAGAAGGAAUUCCUACCACGUUUAGGAGCUGCUAUUGAACACAUUUCCACUUCUCCCCAUGGAACUCUUUAUUGCACAUCUCAUGAAGAUAACAAAAUUUCGAUCAUUGAUACCAGUUUAAAGGUUUCAGGCAUAAUCCAGGGCUUACUUAAAGGAACUGUUGUAAAGACCGGACUGGUUGUAGAUCCAAGAAGCAAUGCAUUGGUCCUCAAUGGCAAGCCAGGUCAUCUCCAAUUUUAUUCUUUGCAUAAUGACAGGCACCUCUACAAUCUUGACAUAGUGCAACAGGAGUUCAUCCAUCAGGCAGGGCUGCAGUACAUGGAUUUGGUAAAGGCUUUAUUCAACAGCACAGGAAAAUGGUUAGCAACAGUGGAAGAGUUACAAGGGGGAGAAGAUUCAAGGGACCUUGAGAUGCAGAUGAAAUUCUGGGAGUAUCAGGACAAGUCACAGAGUUUUGUCCUGAACACCAUAAUCAGCAGACCACAUGAGGAUCAUAUCACAUCUUUAUGCUUUCGGGAUGGGGUCAGUUCAGCGAAAGAUUCUCCAACAUUGGUAACCACUGGAAAAGAUGGCAUUUUUAAAGUCUGGGUGCUGAAUAAUAACUAUGACAUAUACAAGCAAAGUAACAGCUGGUGCUGUGAUUUUGUUGGCAGCUACCACAAAAACAAAGCCACAAAUUGCUGUUUUUCUGAGGAUGGCUCUCUUUUGGCAGUUAGCUUUGAUGAGAUCAUCACUGUUUGGGAGUCUAGCACAUGGGAUCUUAAACAAACAUUCUGCCAACCACCUGGAAAAAUAAGGAAUCUCUGCUUUGGAAGAAUGAGUUGCUCUAAAUAUCUUGUUGCUUCUACGAAUGAUGGCUUUAUAUACUGCUGGAACCUGCUGACAUGUGCAUUGGAAUGGAGAGCCCAGUUAGAUGCUGCAGUUCUGCAACCUGACCCUCUUUCAGAAAACAUUGCUGUGAUUUCAUGUCCUAAAGGAAGCUCAAACUUGUUUCUGUUCCAGCCCACUGAUCCCAGACCAUUUUAUGCACAUAAGAAUGUUUGCCGGGAAAAGGUGCAGUGGGCUGUGUUUGUGCCAAAGGAGAUACCAGAAUUUGUAAAUUCAGAAAGCCACCAGUGGCUGAACAAAUCUCAACUUUAUUUCCUCACAGAAAAUCAGGAUCUAUUGACUUUCAGCUCAAAAUCUACAGAAGAAAGACUGACACCUUUAAGCAAACAGUUGGCAGUGGAAGAAAGUUUGCCUGUUACACCUUUUCACCUGCUGCUAUGUAAAAAAAGGCAGGAAGAGCAAGAGAAGCUAGAUGUGCAGUUAGUGAAAGCAGCCCCCAGCUUCCAUAGAGUUUAUCAAGACUCUGCAAUAAGAGAGGUUCUUCAUACACCAGCUCACGUUCUGCCAUCUGCAUCAGUAUUGUGCACCAUAUUUGUGAAUUCGUUGUUGAUCAGCAGAAAAAGCCAAAGCACAGAGGAAUUAAAAGACGAGGAAAUGGAAAGUGAACAUUUAGAAGGUGACUCCACAGAUGAAACCGAGGAAGUGGAAAGCCAAAAUACAUUUCCCUCAGCAUUUUCAUUAGAUGUUUCUGGUAUAUUGCCUAAAGUCCAAGAAAAGGAGUUGAGAAAAAUACGAAGGACUGAUUACAGCUGGUUAUCUUCAUUGUAGGGCUGUCAUGUUACAACUUGGUCUUUGUUUUUAUAUUGUUAUGCAGAGGUCUGUAAUCAUUAUAAAUAUAUUGCUAAAAAUAUUUUGAUUUUUUUAUCUGUCACACGCAGAGGUUCUUUUACUAGUGUCUUUCUGCCAACUGAGAAACCACUGGUUUCUGUGCAUUCCAGUACUUUCCAGAAUUGGAAUCCAUCGGUCACUUCAAAACUGUCAAGUCAGUGCAUACACAUUCAGGGUGAAAGGGUGCCGAAUCAGUGAUUUCUAUUAUUGAAACCUCUGCAUAUGUCAUUAGUCUUGAAUGAAUGGCAAGGGAAUGAAAAGGCAAGCUUUAUUAGAUUCUCUCCAUAUCCAGACAUCCAAUUGUCAUAAAAAUAGACAUGCUCCCUAAAGCAAUUGCAUCAAUCAUUUACUAAACCCUGCUAUUUAUUACGGUCACUAACCUUGUUCCUAGGCCUGUGCUUCUAUCAGAGGCUGGCCAAGUCGACCAGGCAACCCAUGUGGGUUGCCUGGCCGACUUGCCUACCCCUAGUUUCACACCUGGCUUCUCUUUACUGAAAAACACACAAUCCUGUUUUAGGAUUAUUUGUGAAUGAUAAGCUCCAUUCUAAUAAGCAGUGGCUGGUUGAAGCAGCAAGCACCUGUAAAUGGACUGCGGUUCGUCCCCUUUAUAGGAACUGUGAAGUUCUCUUGACCGGUAGAUAUAAUACUGUAUAUAGUUUCAAAAACAGAUUCAACAACUAAUAGCAAGUAAGAAAAUAAGUUUGCUCUUAUUAAGACAGUGUGCCCCAAGGACCAGUAUAAUGGCUUUGGGGAGAAUCCUUUUCUUUUCAGAAGGAAACUGGAAACAACUUAAGAUCUUUCAUUUAAGCAAAUGUUAGAACUUUAUGAGCUCUUUUUUCACUAAUUUGUCACAGUGAAUGUAUCAUCAAUAUUAUUCUAAUUUACCCGUAAAACAUGAUGGAUGUGGUGUCAGUGCUUUAUUAUGUAUGGCUUGUUCUGUAACUGGCUUGCACAUUUAUGCUGAUAAUUAAAUGGCUCCAUAAUGAGAA